UUCUUAUAUUAUUAUGUGUGAUAGUUAAUUAUCGUGAUAGUUACUAAUUAAUAUUAAUUAAGUGAUAAGUUUGAACUAUAUUUUACAAAAUGGGGAAACAGAAUAGUAAAUUGAAACCAGAAGUUCUGGAGGAUUUAAAACAAAAUACGGAAUUCUCGGAUGCCGAAAUACAAGAAUGGUACAAGGGAUUCCUUAAAGACUGCCCGAGUGGACAUUUGUCAGUUGAAGAAUUUAAGAAGAUUUAUGGAAACUUUUUUCCUUACGGUGAUGCUAGUAAGUUUGCGGAGCACGUGUUCAGGACAUUCGACGCAAAUGGCGACGGAACAAUCGACUUCCGGGAAUUCCUUUGCGCCCUCUCUGUCACCUCCAGGGGUAAACUGGAGCAGAAGCUGAAGUGGGCCUUCUCCAUGUACGACCUGGACGGAAAUGGAUACAUCAGCAGGCAGGAGAUGCUGGAAAUUGUCACGGCCAUUUACAAAAUGGUGGGCAGCGUGAUGAAGAUGCCAGAAGACGAAAGCACCCCUGAAAAGCGGACAGAUAAAAUAUUCAGACAGAUGGAUCGAAACAAAGAUGGUAAACUGAGUCUUGAAGAGUUCAUCGAGGGAGCCAAGAGUGAUCCUUCCAUUGUGAGGCUUUUGCAAUGUGAUCCACAGUCUCAGUAAAAAGAUAAAUUAUAAGAUAUAAAAUAUGAUAAAAAG